AUGGGUGAUUCAACAGUCAGUACAAACGAAAGCAUGAUAUGGUGCGCGAAAACGGGCGAACUUCAAUCGUUGAAGACUCUUCUCAAAGAACAUCCGGGAAAGGUGAAUGAGCAAAUGAAUGGCCGAUCGUUAUUACACUAUGCAGCCGAUGCAGGAAAUUUCGAUGUAUUGAAAGAACUUGUUAAUAACGGUGCUAACGUUAACAGUAAAGAUAAAUUUGGUUUGACGCCACUUCUUGCUGCAAUCUAUGAAGAUCAUACGGACUGUGUGAAAUAUCUUCUUGAACAGGUUUGUGCUCGUGGUUUACUAUUUAAUCCUGAGUUUACUCUAUUUAAUAACACAAAGACGCAUCUGCCCUCGGAUUACGCUCAUUAA